AUGCUCGAUAGGUUGGAAGAUGAUCCAUACGUGUAUUGGCGGAAGAUAAACCGUUACUACCCUUUCCAAGAUGAAGGCAAAUGGGAGUUAGGGAAGUUCUUGGUUGAAAAUCUAACCCAAACCCAAAUGAUCAAGUUCCUGAAAUUGAAAUGGGUAAAUGUCCAAGCUACAUCUACAACUCUUAUUCAAGUUCUUUUGCAGUUUAACACUUGUGAACAACCAUCUUUCACUAUGAAAGACCAACUAUUAGACUGGAUGGACUCACUCCCUUGUUUUAUGGAGUGGAAAGUAUCCAAAAUUGAGUUUUCGGGCUAUAAGACAGUCCAUCCUGUUGAGCCCAUUUGGUGUGAUGCCCUAGAGGUCGUCAAACAACUCUUUGGGGACCUGAUCUUUGUGAAUCAUAUGUCCUAUACUCCUCACAUCAUUAAUGUUGGAAACCAGCGUGAAUAUGGAGAUUAUAUGAGCACUGAUAUGGCAUGGAAAAUUCAGGACUAUCUCCCUGUCAGUGCAACUCAAGUGCCGAUCAUUUUGGGAUCCAAUAAAAUGCAUGUAACGCGAAUCACUGGAGGACUCGAAAUGCACCCAGUCUUCAUUACUAUCGGCAACAUUGAUUCAGAGUUCUGCAUGCACCCGGACUAUCAAAGUAUUCUACAGGUGCGGCUAUGGCAUAAGUGCAUGGAUCUUGUUCUUGCUAAUCUCAAGGCUGCAGCGGCAGAUGGAUGUUUCAUGCCUGACCCUUCCCGACACAUUCGUUACGUUUUUACACCACUUGUCGCUCAUAAAGUGGCCAAAGCUGUCAACCUGUCCGGAGUUCACAUGCCAUACUGGCACAAUUGGCCCUAUGUGUGUCUGUCUGUCUUCCUCACUGGUGCUCAUGAACUUGAUAACUGCUUCAUCGUCCAGCAUAAGCGGGUCGGCACACGUCACUUCACAAAAGGCAUCACACAUGUCAAGCAAAUGAUGGGCUGUGAAUACAGAGAAAUUCAACGCACCAUCGUUGCAUCAAUCACAGGUGCUGCUCCACCCCAAUUUUUUCGCUCAAUCUGUGCCAUCGUGGAGUUCAUUUACCUCACACAGAAUCCGGUUCACUCACCUGCAACACUUCAGUCAAUGGAGCAGGCUCUUUCAGACUUCCAUUCGUUCAAGGGCACUAUUAUCGAGGCCACAGCAAGGAAGGGGAAGAAGGGCGUCAAAGAGGAUUUUUUUAUUCCCAAACUCAAGCUACUGCAAAGCUUCAAGGGUACAUUCUCGGCCGAUACAACAGAGCGCUUGCUGAUCACACAUUAUAAGGAUCUUUUCUCCCGGAUGUCUCGCCAAAGCAAAGACUUCAUGGAGCAGUGCGUGCAGCUUCUUAACUGCCAAAAAUCCAUGGAAGUUUUCGACCUGUAUGCCCUAUCGGCUUCUUGUGGGGUGCCAUUGGUCAAUGCCAUGCAUGCCAAGGAGGAGGUUGCGAUAACUAACCCUGCACUCUCAUGGGUUUCCUGUGUUCUCCCCAAUGAAGUCAAGUCGGUUCAUGGCAUCCUCUCUGGAGACGCGCGGACCGCUUUUCAAGUGAAUGUCACUCCAGACUACAGAUCAAUGUCGCCAACUGAAAUAUGCACAAAAUACACGCUCCCCAACUUCAAUUGUGCACUCACCAACUUUAUCACGCAUUCAUCAUCGUCCAGUGGCGAACAUGCCUGCUGGGACCCCAGAUAUGGGUGCUACCAUGCUUGGAACAAAUUUCGGCUGCAACUUCAUUCAGCCUUCCAGCAACGCAUCAUCAUGCCAAGCAGAGUCAUGCAAGUGCACCUGCCAAGUGAUGAUUUUCCCUUUGGCAAUUGUGACACUGUUCUCAUCGACGCCAUGGGAAUUAAUGGCGAAACAAGCUCCAAUCUAGAACUACCAUCUUAUCUAUCCAACCCACUUCUCUACAUUGAAUUUUUCCACUUCAUUUCCAGUCCUGAUGACCAGCCUGAACUUGUGAUGUGGACUGUUGAGUGCACAUACAUGCAGGAUCAAAAUGGCAACCGUCAUAGAGAGGGGGCUGUUGUACGAGUGACGGAUGUAACACUUGCAGUUGAACUCAUACCAUGUUUCGGUGAGAAAGUGGCUGGUGAUGUUUCAUCAGCCACUUGUUUGGAACGUUUCAAGUGUUUCUUUCUGAACAACUUUGCGGACAAAGAAAGCUACCAUACAUUUAGUACUGAAUUUGUGUAG